AGGGGCUCUUCCUGCCGUGGGGCUCAGGCUCCGGCUUGGCGCUGUGAACUGGUGUCCUCGUCUAACUCUGCCCGCAGCGGGGUGCGGCGCCUCCCGGCCCCGUGCCGCAGCCGGACGCCACUCUGCGGGCACCGCUGGGAUGUCGCGUCGGAGCCCGGGGCUCGGCCGGGCCGCCCCGUCGGACCCCUGUGAGGACCGCCUCGGUGAUCUCGGUGAGGAAGUGGAAUCAGGAAAAGUGGAAGGAGGUGAAAUUCAAGUGGCCAUAAAGAGCAGCAGUGAGGGCAGCCCCAUAGAAUACAUUGCUGCCACUCGUUUUGGGGGUACCACAGUGACAGCCAGCCGUCCGCCUGUCCCUUGUGGAUGGGAAAGAGUUGUGAAGCAAAGAUUGUCUGGGAAAACAGCAGGAAGAUUUGAUGUGUACUUUAUCAGCCCACAAGGACAGAAGUUCCGAUCCAGAAAGUCUCUUGCUAAUUACCUUCACAAAAAUGGACAGACUUCUCUUAAACCAGAAGCUUUCGAUUUUACUGUACUGAAUAAAAGAGUCAUCAAGUCAGAACGUAAAGACUUCAGCCUUGCAGCUUUGACUGCCCAGCUACAAAAGGAAAGUGAUGCUUCAAAUCAGAACCUCAGGACACGAAGCAGGAGGAAAAGAAAUGCUUCUUGUGCUGGUUCAGAGUUGCAAGGUAGCAGAGCACUAUCAACCUCUAACCCCAUCCCUUUGCUCUUGAAAGAAGAUGAAGUUGUUCAUGAGGUUAAGGUCAGGAAGUCCAAAAGAAAGGUGACUAUGUUGAAAGAAAUUCCAGUUAAGAAAACCAAAAAACAGCGCAGGAAGUGUCUGCCCGGUUCUGUUCAAAGUAAGAGAAAAACAGGAUCUAUACCUAAUCACACAGGUGCUGAAAAUGAGCCUGUUGCACAAGAAAGUCAACCUGACUGCAUUUCAGAUAGCAGAGCGAGCGACCAGCCCCUCAGUGUGACCAGUGAAGAAAGGAGCCUUGUAAAAGAGACAUCUCUGAGUUCGGGAUCAGAUUCUCAUUUUGAACAAAUCACUUCUGGCAUCAUCACAAACCAAUCAUGUCCAACCGCAGAAGCAGAUGACAAGACACGUGAAGAGAUCAGAACAGAAGUAGCCGAUGGGGACAGGAAGCAUCAUUUGCAUACUGACAUUUUAAAAUGUGAUUCUGAAAUGCGCAACUGCUCUCAGGCCAAGAAUGACUUUAUUUCUGAGAAAAUGUUCCAAGAAAAUGCCAUCCCACGGGCACAAAUAGAAAAAAGGAAAACAAGCCUGUAUUUUUCCAACAAGUAUAACAAAGAAGCUCUCAGCCCGCCACGACGCAAAGCCUUUAAGAAAUGGACUCCUCCUCGGUCACCUUUUAAUCUUGUUCAAGAAACCCUUUUCCAUGACCCAUGGAAGCUCCUCAUUGCGACUAUAUUUCUCAACCGCACCUCAGGCAAAAUGGCAAUUCCUGUGCUCUGGGAGUUUCUAGAGAAGUACCCCUCAGCUGAUGUCGCAAGAGCUGCAGACUGGAGAGACGUGUCAGAACUUCUUCGGCCUCUUGGUCUCUACGAUCUCCGUGCAAAAACCAUUAUCAAGUUCUCAGGUACGGUUCUCUGCUCCCAAAGGGGGAAAAUGGUGCCUACUUAAUGAAAGCCACAUCUUUUUUUUUUUUUUUUUUUUA